GAUGACCGAGGGUUUGAUUGGCGGGCCCCUGGUUGUGGCUUCUGUAGCAGAAGCAGUGGCGGGAAGGUUGCUAGGGAUUGACUGACACUUUCACGUCAGGGUUUGGGUUCCGACUAGUGCUUUGAGUUGUGUUUUACUCCACCUCUCGGCCUGGAGCUGCAGCUGCGCCCCAGUGGACCAAAGGAGCAGGGAUGGAGAGCCCAAACGUUGGGGACAACAAAGUCCCCUCCGUCACCGCUGGAGAGAGCCUAGUUCCAGACCCGCCUUGGGAUCGCUGCAAGGAAGAUGUCGCUGUUGGACUGGAAGGAGAGGGAGCCGAUGGAAAGGACCUGGUGAUGAGCAGUGAGUGCAGCUCCCUUCUCCAGGAGCCCACUGCUGCUACUCUGUCUAGUUGUACUGCAGUGACAGAAUGCCACCAGCCUGUCCCAUGUGGAUGGGAAAGAGUUGUGAAGCAAAGGUUAUCUGGGAGAACUGCAGGAAGAUUUGAUGUAUACUUUAUCAGCCCACAAGGAUUGAAGUUCAGAUCAAAACGUUCACUUGCUAAUUAUCUUCUCAAAAAUGGAGAGAUUUUUCUUAAGCCUGAAGAUUUUGAUUUUACUGUACUGUCUAAAGGGGGCAUCAGUCCAGGUUAUAAACACCAACGUUUGACAGCUCUAACUUCCCAGCAGCCAAAUGAAACUGACAUUUCACAGCAGAACCUCAGGACACGAAGCAAGAGGAAAAGAGCUGUGUUGCCUCUGCCCAGUGGUAAUUCAGAGUCCCCAGAUAGCAGCAGACUGUCUGACUCUAACUCUGCUUGUUUGCUAUCGAAAGAACAUAAGGGCAUUCAGCAUGCUGACUCUGGAAAGAAGAGAAAGCCCAAAAGAAAGGUGACUGUUUUGAACGGAAUUGCAAGUCCAAAAACCAAACAAAGGUGCAGGAAGAGUCUCUCGUAUUCUACUCGAAGAAACAGAAAAAGAAGAUCUGUGGUUCAAAAAGCAGGUGCUGAUAGUGAGCUGGUUCCACAGGAAAGUCAACUCAACAGAACCCUCUGCCCUGCAGAUGCCUGUGCAGGGGAGACUGUCAGCCUGAGUGGAGAAGAAAAGGGCCUGGGACAAGAAAAAUCAGCAAACCCAGGAUUGGAUCUUUGUUUCACACAAGUAACUUCUGACACCACAAACAAAUUACAUUCAACUGAAGCAGCAGAUGAUGCAAAGCGUGAGCAGACUUUUUUAGAAUCAGAGGAAAUGAGAUCGAAGGGAGACGGAGAGAGGGAGUCACAUUUGCCUAUUGACGUUUUACAGGGUGGCUCUGAAAUGCCCAGCUGCUCACAAGCCAAGAAACACUUUACUUCUGAGACAUUUGGAGAAGACAACAUCCCACAAACACAAGUAGAAAAAAGGAAAACAAGCCUGUAUUUUUCCAGCAAGUACAACAAAGGAGCUCUUAGCCCCCCAAGACGCAAAGCCUUCAAGAAAUGGACCCCUCCUCGGUCACCUUUUAAUCUUGUUCAAGAAAUACUUUUCCAUGAUCCUUGGAAGCUCCUCAUCGCGACUAUAUUUCUCAAUCGGACCUCAGGCAAGAUGGCCAUCCCUGUGCUGUGGGAGUUUCUAGAAAAGUACCCUUCAGCUGAAGUGGCCCGAACUGCUGACUGGAGGGACGUGUCAGAGCUUCUUAAGCCUCUUGGUCUCUAUGAUCUCCGUGCAAAAACCAUCAUCAAGUUCUCAGAUGAAUAUCUGACAAAGCAGUGGCGGUAUCCGAUUGAGCUUCACGGGAUUGGGAAAUACGGCAACGACUCCUACCGGAUCUUUUGUGUCAAUGAAUGGAAGCAGGUACACCCUGAAGACCACAAGUUAAAUAAAUACCACGACUGGCUUUGGGAAAAUCAUGAAAAACUAAGUCUAUCUUAAAGCUGCCUAUUUGAAGUUUCCCAUGCAUUGCUUUGUGCUUCCCUUUCUAAGGGCCUGAGGUGUACAAUGAGAUCCCUUCCCGGCAUGUAGAUUUUUUUCAGUUUGUUAGAAGCUAAUGUAUGUCUUAAGCCUCUGGGGAAAAAAAAAUUGUUGGAUAAUGAUCCUAAAAGUGUGUUCAAUGUAGUUUUUCUAGUGAUGAAAUUCAACAAGUCAAUGUUCAAAGCCAGUUACCAGCACUCCUGCUGAGGAAAGGCUAAACAUGUGUUCUCUUUCUAUACAAAGUGAGUGAUAUUGUCAUAUGCGGAAAGAAUCUGCCAUUCCUAUAGGUAUUGCAGUGUUACAGUUUAAAUAGUGAGGCAUUUACUUUAGAAAGAUAUCACUAAAUAAAAACCAAGUUGACCUACACAUAGUGGCACACACCUGUAAUCCCAGCACUCAGGAGACUGAAGGAGAAGGAUAGAAAGUUGAGGGCCUGCCUGUACUGUAUAAAGAGAGAUUCUGUCUCAAAAACAAACAGAGCAGGGCCAGUGAAAUGGCCCAGUAAAUGAAAUCACUUGAUGCCUAAACAUGAUGAUUUGACAUACGUGUUACAAAAUACAUAAAUUUUUCAGAAAUGGUCUGGAGAGAGAUGGUUUAAUGGCUUAGU